CAAGCAACUAUCAAGCAACAACAAUUCUGCUGUUUUCUUUUCUUUUUCGACCAUUCUUUGCAAUGAGCCAAUUUUUAGAAUUGUUUGUAACUAUAUAUUCUUCUGAAAAUAUCUUGGCUCUUGCAGCCUGAGCGGCUUCGUCUUCGUGCGACGUCGGCUUCCGCUCAUAUUUCCUCUUUACUCCUCGCACUCCCCUCUAAUACUCCAUAUCCUUCAUUGAGUCAGUCGCAAUGGUAGACUGGCUAAGCUUGAUCAUUCCCUUUGCCUACCUUGGCGUCCUUAUCGGUUCAUUAGCGACCUUUUCAUCUCUAUACCGCAAGAGAAAGGCCGCCAAGUCUGCAUCCCUCAAACCAUGGUUCCCUUCGCAUGUCCAGCGAGAUGUCUACCUCUCACUCCUACACAUGGACUCUCCCUCCGAUGCGAAAGAGAAGAAGAAGCCCGUUGUUCCCGAAACAGUAUUAAAAGCCGCUCUCCUUCGUCGUGCUGCAGAAGACCUUAAACGCCUCUUGCAGCUUAGAAAUCAGAAACCUGCACUCGGCGCGCUCCUCCAGAAGGGCAGUGUCGGCGAUGAUUUGUGGCAACAAUUUUUGAGGGCUGAAAAGGAGCUCGAGGAGGAGUUUAGAGAUGUUGUCGCCGAGGCCAACGCCUUCGUACCAGGCUGGGGUCAGACAAUUUUCCAGUCUGCCAACGAGAUGACCUUGAACACAAUAUUCCGACAAAGAGUUGACGAAAUUCAAGCUACGGCAAAACAGGAAUGCGAAUGGUGGGAGCGCAAAAGAGCGAGCAUACAGCAAGGCUUCAUGAAAGAGUUAGAGCAGGAAGAGCAACAGUCUACAGCUGGAUCAGCUGGGAAGGUUAAUAAACCGGCUAGUUCCGCUUCUGGCUCAGUGGUGGGCGAUAAACUUAUUAGUGAUGAUGAUACAGUGUUGGUAGAGGGCGGUGGUCCAGCUAUGAAUCCUGGCGGUGGCGGUGGAAAGAAGAAGAAGAAAGGAAAGAAAUAAAUACAUCUGUUUCUGUUCUAUUCAUCCUCGAAGAGGCCCUUGUCUUUCUAUGUGCUAAAUUAGCAGAAGUCGCCUUGGGUAGA